AUGAAAAACCAGAGCAUUGUCACUGAGUUCUUACUCCUGGGACUUUCACAGAAUCCAAAGGUUCAGAAAAUAGUAUUUGUUGUAUUUUUGCUUGUCUACAUUGCAACAGUUGGGGGCAACAUAAUGAUUGUGGUGACUGUUGUUUGCAACCCUGUAUUGCUGGGCUCCCCCAUGUUCUUCUUCUUGGCUUUCCUGUCCUUGCUGGAUGCAUGCACUUCCUCUGUCAUCACACCAAAGAUAACUGUGGAUCUACUUUAUAAGAGAAGAACCAUUUCCUUUGAAGGCUGCAUGACACAAGUCUUUGCAGUGCACUUUUUUACUGGUGUAGAGGUGAUUAUCUUGACAUCCAUGGCCUAUGAUCGCUAUGUAGCCAUUUGCAAGCCCUUGCGCUACUCUUCCAUCAUGAACAGAAAACUCUGUGGAGUUCUUGUGGGGGUGGCCUGGACAGGGGGCUUCUUGCAUUCUAUCAUACAAAUUAUCUUCAUUUUACAUCUGCCCUUUUGUGGUCCCAAUGUAAUUGAUCACUUCUUGUGUGACUUGUUCCCAUUAAUGAAGAUUGCCUGCACUGAUACACAUAUUUUUGUCAUUUUGGUGGUUGCAAACAGUGGAUCUUUUUGCAUUAUUAUCUUCUCCAUGUUGCUUGUUUCCUAUGGUGUCAUCUUGUUCUCUCUGAGAGCCCAUAGUUCUGAUGGAAGGCGUAAAGCUCUCUCAACUUGUGGAUCCCAUAUUAUUGUGGUGGUUUUGUUCUUUGUCCCUUGCAUAAUAAUAUAUGCAAGGCCUACAUCUGCCUUCUUCUCUGAAAAAAAUGUGUUUCUGUUUGCUACCAUCCUCACACCAUUGCUAAAUCCUAUGAUUUACACUUUCAGGAACAAGGAAAUGAAAAAUGCCAUCAGGAAAUUGUGGAAGAGAUUAAUAAUGGUUUAUGGUAUAUCUUAA